AUGAUGCUCGGGCCUCCUCAGGAUUUCUUGCUUCUUUGGCUAUUUAUUGUGGCCUUGCCUGCUGCGGCGGAAAGGAAGAGUGUGAGCGCGUUGAUGAGGUGUGACGCUCUGCCGCUCAUUCAGACAUUGUUGGACCACGGGCCCCUGGAGCCCCGCACGGUGGCCAAACACGACCUGAGCUCGCAACACCUACACUUUAUGCUGGCGCUGUAUCGCCGAUCGGCGGAUGGCGACGGAAGGCCCAAGACGAGCAAGGUGCCCGGAGCUGCGGUGAGGCUGGUGAGGCCCGCCCAUCAAACGUCUUUUAUUACAGAAGGUCCUUGGUGGAUCGAAGACUUGGCCUUCAACCUUCACGCUGUGAAAGCAGAGGAACUUCAAAGAGCAACCGUGAUUCACCCAAGAGCACUUCAUUUCAAGGACAAUUACUAUUUAUGUAAGGUGGACCUCACGCCAAGCGUUGGCAUCUCCUCCAAAACCAGAGUUCCCAGAGGAAUGCGCAAGUGGAUGGAGACGGACCUCACGUCCUACGUCAAACCGCUGGUGGAGCAACGCGACCAUGUUUUGCACGUUCAGAUGUCAUGUAGGCAAGCUAGGAAGCGCCCUAGAGUCUCGUUGGCACUUUCCCCGACCCACAUUCCCUUCUUGUUAAUGUAUUUCAAUCACACUGUUCACAACCGAUCUAAAGAGAACGCGGUCACUGUGCACCCGGCGAAGAGUAAGUUGGACUUGCCGGUACGGAAACGGCGCCGAGCAGAGGCUAUCGGCAUUAAGCUUCCGAAGAUUGCCAAACAAGGCGGACAGUCCAAUAAUCGCUGCUCGCUGCAUCCGCUCUGGGUCAGCUUCCACCAGCUGGGAUGGGACCAUUGGAUCAUUGCUCCACAUCGGUACAACCCUGGCUUCUGUAAGGGAGACUGCCCUCAAAUCCUUCAUUCGGGUUACAACUCUCCCAACCACGCCAUCAUUCAGAACUUUAUCAGUCAGGUCGUGGACGAGAAUGUCCCCCGCCCCUCUUGCGUCCCUUACUCCUACGGUCCCAUCAGUGUUCUCAUGAUUGAGCCAGGUGGCAACAUUCUGUAUAAGGAAUAUGAAAAUAUGAUGGCGGAGUCCUGCACCUGCCGAUAG